UUUUUGGCUUUGUCCGUCACCACCAAAUAUAUCUUCCCCUUCUUUCCAGUCGCAAAGUCUCUCUCUCUCUCUCUCUCUCAGAAUUCCCCAAAUUUGCAUGAGAAGAGAGUUAAGUGCUAUUAACAUUACUAUUUGUUUCGAUUGAUUUGUCGAAUUCUCACAAUUAUUGGGCAGAUGAAGUUGUGGAGGUAAAAUUAAAUUCUCUUUAGAGCUCUAUUUUGAUGGGUUCCAUGGUGGUUCUUGUAGGAAGCAUGCCGUCUCUGGCUUCCUUGAUUAGCUUAGGAAGCGUUAAUGUGGCGGCAGCCACCACUAGUUCAUCGGAAUCUUCUUCUUCUUCUUCUUCUUCUUCUUCUUCUUCACUUGUUAGGAGAGUUUCUUUUUCUGAACGGAGUGCCAAGAGAUGGCAUUGUGUCUGUAAAUAUUCAGUCACUACCACAGAUUUCAUUACUGAGCAAGGAAAUGUGGUGUCUUUUGAUUCUAAUAAUUCAUUUAGAGCAAGCAGUAAUGGUGAUGCGGAUAGCGAAAUCUUAAUUAAGCCUGCUUCAAAGCCUGUAUUGAAAUCUUCUCUAGACUUUAAAGGUGAAUCCCCUUUAGGUAUGAGCUCCGUUGAGUUGGACCCUUCGAGGGAUUCUGAUGAUGAACGAGAAAGAUAUGAGGUGAUUGAGUCUAUUGGGGAGGUGUUGGAAAAGGCUGAAAAGCUUGAAACUCCUAGCACUGCUAGGAAAGAUAAUGGAAAUGUAAAUAAAAUCUCACCAUCUAACGUGGGUGCUAACUCGAGAGUUGCUAAAUCUGGGAAUUCAGCGGCUUUUCGCAAAACUAAAACUUUGAAGAGUGUGUGGAGGAAAGGGGACACUGUGGCAAAUGUGCAAAAAGUUGUCAUGGAAGUUCCUAAGACUAAUAAUAAGGCUGUGAAAGAAGGACCUAUAACAGGGGAAGGGACAAAGCUAGAAUCUCAACGUAGCGUUCCUUCAAGGCCUGUGCAGCUACCCCUGAGACCUCAACCUAAGUUACAGGCUAAGCCUUCUGUAGCUCCUCCUUCUAUUAUGAAAAAACCUGUUAUCUUGAAGGAUAUGGGGGCAGCUCGAAAUCCACUAGUUGGUGAUGAAUCUGAUUUGGGUGCCACAAAAAGUAAUGGACGGCAGCCAAUUUUAGUUGACAAAUUUGCCCGCAAAAAAUCAGUUGUUGAUCCUCUAAUUGCUCAGGCAGUUUUAGCCCCCACAAAACCAGCAAAGGGCCCUGCCCCUGGAAAGUUCAAAGACAGAAAGAAAAGUGUUUCACCUGGAGGGCCAAGGAGACGAAUUGUUGAUGAUGAUGUUGAGAUUCCUGAUGAGGAGACAUCGGAGCUCAAUGUCCCUAUUCCAGGUGCAGCUACUGCAAGGAAAGGGAGGAAAUGGAGUAAAGCUAGCCGAAAGGCUGCUAGACUCCAGGCUGCCAAAGAGGCAGCUCCAGUCAAAGUAGAAAUUUUAGAAGUUGGGGAAAAAGGUAUGUUGAUUGAGGAAUUAGCCUACAACUUGGCCAUCAGUGAAGGUGAAAUUCUUGGGUAUCUGUACUCAAUGGGGAUUAGACCUGAUGGGGUGCAAACUCUGGGCAAGGAUAUGGUAAAGAUGGUAUGCAAGGAGUAUGAUGUGGAGGUCAUAGAUGCUGAUCCUGUUGGAUAUGAAGAAAUGGCAAGAAAAAAGGAAAUUCUUGAUGAAGAUGAUCUGGACAAACUGGAAGAGAGGCCUCCUGUCCUUACUAUAAUGGGGCAUGUGGAUCAUGGCAAGACGACUCUAUUGGAUUACAUUCGUAAAAGCAGGGUUGCUUCUUCAGAAGCUGGUGGGAUUACACAAGGAAUUGGAGCAUAUACAGUUCUGAUACCUGUUGAUGGGAAGUUACAACCUUGUGUUUUUCUUGAUACUCCUGGCCAUGAGGCAUUUGGAGCAAUGAGAGCUCGUGGAGCAAAGGUGACUGAUAUUGCAAUUAUUGUGGUGGCUGCCGAUGAUGGGAUUCGUCCACAGACAAAUGAGGCCAUAGCUCAUGCCAAAGCAGCUGGAGUUCCUAUUGUAAUCGCUAUAAAUAAGAUAGAUAAAGAUGGAGCUAAUCCAGAAAGAGUCAUGCAAGAUCUUUCUUCAGUUGGUCUCAUGCCAGAAGACUGGGGUGGUAACAUCCCAAUGGUCCAGAUCAGUGCUCUCAGGGGAGAUAACAUAGAUGAUUUAUUAGAAACUGUUAUGCUAGUCGCUGAGUUACAGGAGUUGAAGGCUAAUCCUCAUAGAAAUGCAAAGGGUACAGUUAUAGAGGCAGGUCUUCAUAAAUCUAAAGGACCAGUAGCUACAUUUAUUGUGCAGAAUGGCACACUUAAAAGUGGCGAUGUAGUGGUUUGUGGAGAAGCCUUUGGCAAGGUGCGAGCUUUAUUUGAUGAUAGUGGAAAUCCAGUUGAUGAAGCCGGACCAUCUAUUCCUGUGCAGGUUAUUGGAUCGAGUAAUGUACCAAUUGCUGGUGAUGAAUUUGAGGUUGUUGCCUCCCUUGAUAUUGCACGUGAAAAGGCUGAAGCACGUGCAGAAUUAUUGCGAAAUGACCGUAUAUCGGCUAAGGCUGGGGAUGGAAAGGUUACACUUUCUUCCUUAGCAUGGGCUGUUUCAUCUGGAAAGCUUUCUGGACUAGACUUACAUCAGUUAAAUAUCAUAAUGAAAGUUGAUGUUCAGGGAUCUAUUGAAGCUGUCAGACAAGCCUUACAGGUGCUCCCCCAAGAUAAUGUCACCUUGAAGUUCCUCUUGCAAGCAACAGGAGAUGUAAGCACCAGUGAUGUUGAUCUUGCCAUUGCUAGUGAGGCUAUAAUUUUAGGAUUUAAUGUCAAGGCACCAGGUUCUGUCAAGAGCUAUGCAGAAAACAAAGGUGUUGAGAUUCGGCUAUAUAGAGUUAUCUAUGAUCUCAUUGAAGAUGUACGAAAUGCAAUGGAAGGACUUCUGGAGCCUGUUGAGGAACAAAAAACAAUUGGUUCAGCAGAAGUCCGGGCUGUAUUUAGCAGUGGCAGUGGUCGUGUUGCUGGAUGCAUGGUAAUGGAUGGGAAAUUAGUGAAAGGCUGUGGCAUUAAGCUGAUUCGAAAUAAAAAGAUGGUCCAUGUUGGUGUUCUGGAUUCCCUGAGACGAGUUAAGGAAAUUGUGAAAGAGGUAAAUGCCGGGCUGGAAUGCGGUAUUGGGAUGGAAGACUAUGAUGAAUGGGAAGGAGGAGAUAUUCUCGAGGCCUUCAACACAGUUGAAAAGAAGCCGACCCUUGAAGAGGCGUCGGCUUCAAUGGCAGCUGCACUGGAAGAAGCAGGAAUUAACUUGUAGAAGAACAUAACAUACACGAGGCUUUAAAAUUGGCAAAGUUGCUUUCCCUGGUGGAUACAAGAAAAGCAUUAGAAUUGAAACUACCAAUCAAAUCAAUGCUCUAACAUUGCUUAGCAAGAGGAAUGUAUAAAUGGGUUAACCUUGGCAUGCAAUUUAUUUCAAAGUGCCAAGUGCUUCAGAAUCUGAGGUCUGAGCUUGCAGUGAUUUUGUCCAUUGUUGUAUGCCUGUUUUAUGUACACAUCACAUUUUAGCUUCUUUACGUAAAGAAGGAACAAUCAUGUAAGUUCCUUGACGAUUA